AUGAAGAUGUCCGGGGUCAUUGCCGCAGCUCUGCUGUCCACGUCUGGAAGCAGCACCUCCAUCCCGGACUACCCGACCAAUCCGGCCGGGAACCCGUUCGUGGACGGCUGGUACGCCGACCCGGACAACGAGUUCUACAACGGGGAGUACUGGGUGUACCCGACCUACUCGCGCGAGUACGACGCGCAGACCUUCCUGGACGCCUUCUCCUCGCCCGACCUCGUGAACUGGACCAAGCACCCCAACAUCCUCAACACGACGAGCUUCCCCUGGGCGCGGCGCGCCGUGUGGGCGCCGGCGCCCAUCUCCCGCAACGGCAAGUACUACCUCUACUUCGCCGCCAACGACAUCCAGACGGACGACGAGGUCGGCGGCAUCGGCGUGGGCGUGGCGGACCGCCCCGAGGGGCCCUACCGGGACGCGAUCGGCGGGCCGCUCAUCGACCGGUACCACAACGGCGCGCAGCCCAUCGACCAGGACGUCUUUAUCGACGACGCCGACGGCCAGGCGUACAUCUACUACGGCGGCCACGGGCACGCCAACGUCGCGCGCCUCAACGACGACAUGGUCAGCCUGGGAACCUUCCCCGACGGCGACGUGUACAAGGAGAUCACGCCGGACAACUACGUCGAGGGCCCGCAGAUGCUCAAGCGCAAGGGGCGGUACUACCUGUUCUGGAGCGAGGGCGGCUGGCAGGGCCCCGACUACGCCGUGUCCUACGGCAUCGCGGACAGCCCGACCGGGCCGUUCCCGCGGCGCGGCAAGAUCCUGGAGCAGGACCUGGCGGUGGCGACGGGCUCCGGGCACAACGGCAUCAUCACGGUGCCCGGAACGGACGUCCACUACAUCGUGUACCACCGACACCCGCUCGGCAGCGCCGACGGCAACGACCGCCAGCUGGCCUACGACCGGCUCGUCUUCCGCGACGACGGCACCGUCGAGCCCGUCGUCAUGGGCGUGCAGGAUGACUUCCGCGACGGCCGGCUGCUCGGCUGGACCACGUACGGCGGCGCCUGGGACGCGAGCGCGCGCAAGCUCAAGAUGACCAGCACCGCGGCGGCGGCGGCGGGGCCCAAGGCGGUGCUGAACCUCAACUUCGCGGACCAGCACUUUGCGGUGGACGUGGCGGUGCCGACGCAGGGCGAGGGCGACGCGGGCGUGGUGUUCCGCGCGACGAGGCUGCGCGAGGGCGUGGAUGCGUACUGCGGGUACUACCUGGGCAUCGGGGCGCGCGGCAGGAUCGUGGUGGGCAGGGCGGAUGACGGUGCGUGGACGGAGAUCCGCACGGUCGAGGCGGAGAUUCGAACGAACACGGCGUACACGGUCGCGGUGCGGGCGGUCGGUAGCCAGUUCGACUGCAGCGUCACGCACGGACGGGACGUGAUUACGAGCUUCACGGUGUCGGAUGACAAGUACAGCCAUGGAACAAAUGGCGUGCGCGCGUUCCGGACGAGGGCGACGUUUGACAACUUGGAGGUCCGGCAUGUUUAA